GGUCGAUCGGCUGGAUCGCUCGAGACCGCCACCGUGUCGGAUUGGAAGCGCGACUGCCUCCAUGUCCUUGACAGCGUCGUCGCAAAGGAUUCUCGUGUCGUCAUGGUCGGCGCAUCAAUGGGCUUGCAUCUUUCCCUGCUCACCGCCUGCUGUCGCCCUGGUCGGAUCGAGGCCAUUGUCGGCGUCGGUGGUGCCGUCAAUCCAGCCCGACGAUGGGCGGCUCAACAUCUGUCCUGCACCGAGACACCCUCGGGCCACUGCUUCCACUUGCCCUCGCCGUAUGCUCCAGGCGGGUUCUAUCGGCUCAGCAGCGCUCUUUUGGACAGCAACAAUCCCGACAAUCACAUCAGUACCGACGCCCCCGUCUUCUGCACGCUCGAGGCCCUCCACGGCACCGCAGAUUCGGUGGUGCCGGUGUCCGAGGCCCUCGCCCUGCUGGACCUCCAGCAUCCAUCCUUCAUCAACGUCAACGUCGUCAAGGGAGGGGAUCACCGCCUGAGCCGGCCGGCGGACGUUGAUCUGUUGCUGCACUGCGUCGGCUCCAAGAUCCGACAGCUUCCGGACGACAGGAAACUAUGAGAUCCCUGUAUUGCACUCCAACCCAUACGUCACUCCAUGAGCACUCUCAUACAGCAUUCAUUCCCAUACGUCGUCCAUUCCCAUACGGGAUUCCAACCCUGGCUUUGUUGUGUGUCCUCAGCAUGAAGUACAUCAUCGAGCAUUUCGAGGAGGGUCUCGAGGAGUGGUGCGAGCUCGAAUACAGCCAUAUG